AUGGAUAGUUUAUAUAUUUUCAUUUUUUUCUUUUUAAUUAUCAUUUUUUGUUUCUAUAUUUUAUAUAAAAAUAAAAUUAAUAAAAAUAAUAAUAAUAAUGAUAAUAAUAUUAAUAAUUUUAACUAUAUUAAUAAUAAUAAUAAUAAUCAUUAUAAUCAUUGUAAUUUUAAUAAUAAUAAUAAUUUUAAUAAUUAUAAAGAUAUUUAUAAUAAUAACAAUAACAAUAACAAUAAUUAUAAUCAUUUUAAUAAUAAUAAUAAUAACUUAAAUAAUAAUAGUUUUAAUAAUUAUAAUAAUUUUAAUAAUAAUAAUAAUAAUACUUUAAAUAAUUAUAAUAACUAUUAUAGAAAUAAUAAUUUUAAUGAUAAUAAUUAUUGUAAUGAAAAUAAUAAUAUAAUUUAUAAUAACAAUGAUAAUAAUAAUAAUGAUUAUAAUAAUUAUAAUUAUAAUGAAAAUAAUAAUAUCAAUAAUUUUAAUCACAAUAUUAUUAAUAAUAAUAAUAAUAAUAAUAAUUAUAAUAAUAAAUCCAAAAAAGGUGUAAAAUAUUUGCCAUCUCUUUUUUUUAAAGAUACACCUUCAGAAACACAAGAAAGAAAUACCCCAAACAUUAAUCCUUCUAAUAUUACCUCCAAUAAUAGUAAUAAUAAUAAUAAUAAUAACAAUAUUAAUAAUAAUACUAGUAACCAGUCAUUAGAGUCAGAUACAUUGGUACUAGAAAUUCUAAGAAGGGAUAAAGAACAAACAGAAAGGGAGAAAGCAAAUAAAGCUCUCAGAAAAGAAAUAUUAGAUUUUGAAAGAGAAAUCAGAGAAUCUGAACGUUCAGAAAGACUAAUAAGAGAAAGACAAGAAAGAGAACGUUUAGAAAUUUUAGAAAGAGAAAGAAUAUUCAGAGAGCAACAAGAAUGGGAACGUACCCAAUAUUUAUUAAGAAUUGAAAGAGAACAUCAAGAAAGGGUACGUCAAGAAACAUUAGAGAGAGAAAGAAUGGAAAGAGAGAGAAUAGAAAGAGAAAGAUUAGAAAUGGAAAGAGUUGCAAGAGAGCAACAAGAAAGGGAACGUACCCAAACAUUAUUAAGAGAAAGGGUACGUAGGGAAGCAUUAGAAUUAGAAAGAUCACAAAGAGUUGCAAGAGAGCAACAACAAAUGAAUUUGGAAGAAGCCCGUGAAUAUCAUCGUUACCUAAAUUCAUUAAAUGAAAGGUUAGAUGUAUUACUUCAACAAAGGGCAAAUAGAAGAAAUUCAGAAAGAGAACAAAGAAACAGAGAACGUGCCCAAGAACCACAAACACAAGAAGAAAUUCAAAGGGUACGUAGACAACAAUUUGAAACUUUAAGAUUGCAACAGGAAAGAUUACAACAAAUUAGAUUGCAACAAGAAAGUCAACCAGAUCAAAUGGAACAAGAUGAAAACGAAAACAUCUGCACAGUUUGCUUUAAUCAGGUAGAGGCCAUUAAUAGUGCAUCAAUUGAUUGUGUACAUAAAUUUUGCUUUGCAUGCAUUACUCAAUGGUAUUCUCGUACUAGAUCCUGUCCAACUUGCAGACAACCAAUUUCAAAUAUUAGAAGAGAUAAUCAAAAUGAGGGAUUAACAUAUGAUGCUAUGAACAUAGAUUAA